AUGUUGACAUCUUCAAUUCCAGCGUUUGUCUAUCCUCCUGCUAUCUUCAUUGGACUCGUACUUGCCCUAUGGACAUGGAAAUGCUUUUGGAUCAUCGUCAUGCAAAACAAGCUUCUAUAUCUCUCUUGGCUACCACCAUUUACAAGAUCUGAUCAAAUAUCUGAAUAUGCUGCUGAAUGUAAACCCGUGCAAUGGGAAGAGAUACAAAUUCGAAGUCUUGAUGGGACGCGAUUGGCUAUCUGUGAGGGAACAGUUUCAGCCAACAAUAUAAAUGCGAACGAAAUGCAGCUACGGCAGAAGAAAUCGGUUUUAAUCUGCUACUUCCAAGGAAAUGGUGGGUCAACACCACUCAGACUACCGCUUCUUUCCCAGAUUCUCAAGACAAUCUCCAAGUCCUCAAACUCUGGCGAUACGGAUUAUAAAAUAGCCGCCUUGUCAUAUCGCGGCUAUUGGAAAUCGUCGGGUCGUGCAACACAAUCUGGUAUCUCCCUCGAUGCACAGGCAUUUUUAACCUGGGUAUCACAGACAUAUUCGGCACCAGACACACAGCUUCAGAUUGUGCUCUGGGGACAUAGUCUUGGCUCCACUGUUGCGGCUUCAGCUCUCUCUACCUAUUUAGAAAGGCUUGAUGCUGAAAAAUCUACUGAUCAUAAAAAGCUGGCCCCGAUAUCAGGGAUUGUCAUGGAAGCACCGAUCUCCAAUGUCAAAGAAAUGCUGGUUAGUCUCUAUCCUCAAAAAUGGCUUCCGUAUAGAUAUUUAUGGCCGUUUUCAUGGAAUACAUGGUGCAGCUCGACAGCUCUAGAAAGACUGGCUCAAUGGCGGGACCAUCAUCCACAGCAAACACUUGAAAUCAAGAUGAAUGAACGCUCCGUACCGCCAAUACUCAUUCUCUCUGCUGAAAAGGAUGAAGUGGUCGAGCCAUAUGUCGCAAGCCAACUUGAGAAGAAAGGCCAAAAUCUUGGACUGGAUAUCAUAAGGAAAGUUGUGAAAGGAGCCAUGCAUACAGAGGCCCCAAUUAAGCAUGAUGGGAUAAAAGCAUUGACUCAUUUUAUUUUGAACAGCUCCUCAAGAUAA